AUGGACUCGGAACUUGAGGGGUGCACUGCAACUGGUCUGGAAAUACGCAAUUGUCACAGAGAGCCCACUUACCGCUUGCCAAUCCCUCCAGCUUUCCAACGGGGAGACAACGACCGAGAAGAAGUCACUGGCCAGUACCAUUCAAAGUCAGGCUACAUUUUUGGACGGGGACGAAAUAUCUUGCAGGAAAUGGAGGAUCACGACUUAGAUCAAAAGCGCCGCAGAGCAAUAAAUCCAUCGUACCCUUUUGUUGAUCAGGCUGAAUGGCAGCUAGCAGAGUUCCUCGUUCAACGGCUGACACAAACCGAUAUCAACAAAUUUCUGAAACUAGACUGGUUCAAAGAUAGACCCAGGCCAUCCUUCAAGAGUGCAGAUCAACUAUUUGGCUGGAUUGAUGCACUACCAAGCGGCCCAGAGUGGCGAUCAACGACACUCGAGUUUACCAACUACACAACUGCGAGGCCAAUCGAGCUAAUCUGGCGUGACGGUCUCGAAGUCGUCAAAGAUCUCUUUGCAAACCCGAUCUUUUCCAAUCAUAUGAUGUAUGAUCCUCACAUUGUUAUCACUGGCUCAGAACGCGAAUAUGGCGAGUUUUUUACAGCUAACAUGGCUUUCGAUAUUCAGGUAGGGCUCCUUAUUAGCAGUAAAGUGAACAACCUUCCAGAAGGUGCCACUAUGGUACCAAUCAUCCUCGCAUCCGACAAGACGCCCGUAACCAGGAUGUCGGGAGGAUUAGAAAUGCACCCGGUGUUCCUUACGAUUGCCAAUAUUCAAUCUGAAGUUCGUAUGAAGGCCACCGCUCAUGCAUGGCGCUGUGUUGCAUUCAUUCCGAUUCCGAAGUUCGAUGUUCACGCGGAUUUCCAAACGCUCCUCCAUGCUCGCCUGUUCCACAAGUGCAUGGACAUGAUAUUCGCCAAAUGCAAGGUGGCUGCGAGGAUCGCUGAUCUCCCUGAGGCACAGCUCAUCGCUUGUGUCUCAAAAAAUGCUUCACCACUUACGAUGGCAACCCAAAGCGACUUUGGUAGUGCUCAACUUUUCCCCCGUCGAACAGGCGACCAUACGCUCAAGCUCAUCUACGACCUAUGCAAACGUGUUGAUCCAUGGAAUGUACCACUCUUCCAACGCGAAGCUAAAGCAUUGCUGCUUAGCGGCGUUCAUCAGCCAUAUUGGAGAGAUUGGCCGCAUGCAGAUCCAAGUCAUUUUUUGCCCGGCGAACUGCUUCACACCUGUCACAAAUAUUUUGGUGACCAUCCUUUAAAAUGGUGCAAGGAAGUUGUCGGGGAGGAUGAACUUGAUGCUCGCUACAAGGCUCAUCAUAAACGAGUCGGAACACGUCAUUUUGGGUCUGGUGUCUCCCACAUCAACCAGAUGACGUGCCGGGAGCAUCGUGACAUUGAACGGACCAUUGUCGCCACAGUCGCUGGUGCAGCAAACACAACUCCCGAUUUCGUCCAUGCCAUUCGUUUCCUCACCGAAUUCAUUUACCAGGCACAGAGCCCCGUGCACACUGACUCGUCCAUUGAUGCUAUGGUGCACUCCCUCCACAUGUUUCAUACGCUGAAGCAAGCGAUACUCGAUGCCGGUGCUCGGAGAGGGAAGAGUGGAACGAUUGACAACUUCCUCAUCCCAAAAAUGGAGUUGUUUCACAGCUUUGCGGGGUCCAUCAGAGAUCUCGGAGGUUUGAUACAGUACUCAGCGGAUGUUAGUGAGCGACUCCUGAUCACACACUGCAAAUUUCCAUUCGAAAGGACUAGUCGGCAAGCCAGGAAUUUUACCUUACAGGUCGUCCAAAUUCUCAAUCGCGACGAAACCAUGCGGCGCUUCAAUCUUUAUACCCUUUUGCAUUCGCAUGGUACACCGCUCGUGAAUGCCAUCGCAAUCGAAGACAACAUCGUCACGGAGACAGAUCCUACUUUGGCCUGGAUAGCGCGUGUGCUUCCCGGCGAGCAGAAUCGCUUCCAUGGCCCGCGACCUGUCCGCAACCAUUUCUUGAAGGGAAUACUUUCUGUUGAAGCCAAUGCCGCAUUUCAUGUCACCAUCUCUCCUGAUCGAAAGUCACUUCCUAUCACUGAUCUGCAAUCUAUCUACUCUCUCCCAAAUUUCGGCGCAGUGCUCAUGGAAUAUAUCAAUGACUCGUCCCAGAACACCCCAACAACAGCCUGGACGUGUGCGCGAGAUUCAGUCAGGACGUGGAACAAGUUUCGUUUACAGCUACACUCUACCUUCCAGUCGCGAGUUGUGAUGCCGAGUCAAAUCGUCCAAGCGUUUCCACCAUCAGAGACCUUCCCUAUGGGCAAUUGCGACGCAGUUCUCGUGCAAUUGCCUGGCAAUGAUGAUACAUACAUUGCGCAAAUCACAGCGACGCCUACUGAGGAUGCAAGCGCUGGCAUGUACCGCGUGAAACGCAUCUACCAUCAGGAUCGAACAGGUCGGAUCUUCCGACCUGGCGGCAUCAUUCCACUGACAGCCGUUACCUGUGCUGUUGAGCUGAUCCCUAUGUAUGGUUCGAAGAUGGAUCGCACGAUAAAUGCUACGAACGCAAUGGAGAUCUGUGAUGAAUACUACUUGAAUACAUUUUCGGACAAGGAGGUUUUCAAUACAAUGCACAGUGGUUUGAUGUAG